UUUACGUUCGUGUGGCGGCCUCUGUAACACAUUCAUCAGUUAGAUGAUGCUUCCGCGUGACAGUUCCCGUGACCGGCAACAUGUAAAUAUAGGUCAGCAUAAAAGGAGGCGAAGUUGCUGGGGAAGAAUUCAUGUUUACUGGAUACGCGACUAGACAGUUUUGGAGAUAUAACUGAUUAUUUCAAGAAGAUGAAUUCAGCUGCAAAACGAUGGAUACUGGUGGUUGUCAUUGUGGGUGCGUUCACCUUUAUUAUUGGGGUGUUGAUUGGUGUGUUUGCGCCAGCAAGGCCCCCCACGGACGAUACACUGAGGCGGUUGACACGAGAAGCUGAAGAAGGCAUCAGUCAGCGAUUGAUCAGUGAGGUGGACCCUUCAAACAUUGACAAACAUCUCAAGGAGUUGACGAGGCGUCCUCAUCUUGCUGGCGAGCCGGGUAACUACCGUACGGCAGAGUACGUCAGGGAUCAGUGGCUAGAACAAGGAUACGACGUACAGAUGGUGCCGUAUGACGUACUCCUGUCAUACCCGGAUGACAACCACAAUAACACGGCUACCCUCACUGCACCAAAUGGAAGGGAGCUGUUCCAGUCAACGCCGAGAGAGAUAGCCUUCUCUGACGAGGAGACUCACCCUGAAGCAGUCCAACCUUACAACGCUUUCUCCCCCAGCGGACAACCACAGGCAGAACUUGUGUAUGUAAACUACGGUCGAGAUGUUGACUUCGAGAACCUCACCCGCCUAGGUGUGAGUGUCUCAGGCAAGAUCGCCAUUGCUCGGUAUGGAAAGAUAUUUCGAGGGAAUAAGGUAUAUUUCGCUCAUCAAUAUGGCGCCGUUGGAAUCAUCCUAUUCAUGGAUCCGGGGGAUUUUGCCAAGGGAGACAACUUUUACCCAGAGAGCAUGUGGCUUCCUCCGACAGGAGUUCAAAGGGGAAAUAUUGUCGUGAUCAAGGGCGACCAGGCUACACCUGGAUAUCCUGCUACAUGGUACACAUCACGGCUUACUGAGGAGGAGGUGAAAAUGAGGAUGCCCCAAAUCCCCUGCCACCCCAUCGGCUACAGUGACGCCUUUAUGCUGCUCAGGGAAAUGGAGGGAGAUGCAGCUCCAGCCGACUGGCAAGGAGGACUUAACAUCACCUACAGACUUGGUGGAACUAUGAAGGAUGGCAAACGUGUCAAGCUGGAUGUCAGGAAUCACCUCAAGACGGUUACAAUCUAUAACGUUUUGGCCAAAUUAGAAGGAACAAUUGAAAAUGACCGUGUUGUGUUGGUUGGUAACCAUAGAGACGCAUGGGUGUAUGGUGGAACAGAUCCUUCUUCCGGAACCGCUGCCCUUUUGGAAAUGUCCAGAGUUUACGCCAAGCAGGUGAAAAAUGGCUGGAAGCCACGACGGUCGGUCAUUUUCUGCAGCUGGGACGCGGAGGAAUUUGGUCUUGUUGGGUCGUACGAGUGGGUGGAGGAAAAUAUUAAAUGGCUCCAGAGCCAAGCGGUUGCCUAUAUCAACAUUGACCUUAUUACAAUUGGAAACUACACCUUGAACCUGAAAGCUACACCAACCUUGAAACAGGCAGUUUACCGAGCAGCGAGAAAGGUCCCUGAUGCCCAUAUGGACGGGAGGACGUUAUUUGAUGUGUGGCGUGAGCGCAAUCCCGACGCCCUGGACAAGGCGUAUCCUCGUGUUACCCUCCCAGGCGCUGGAUCAGACUUUUGCCGUUUGAACAAGAUGUAGGCAUCCCUACAACUGAGGGCAGUUAUGUAUACGUGGACCUGGGAGACAGAAUCCAACGAGGCGUGUACCCCUUGUACCACACCCUAUACGAUGGCUACCGUUUUGUCAAGAUGAUGGAUCCAGAAUUCAGAGUUUGCCGAACUCUCGCCGCG